AUGAACGUGCUACCGAAAGUUGCCCUGGGCCGUUUGCCCUUCUAUGCCGCGAGAUCAACGCAAAUUUGCGCAACACGCUGCUACAGCACUACCGGCAAUGAACCCAAAUUUCCCAAGAAUGUUAUAGAACAUCUUAACACAGCACAAGAGCAGCAAACAAAUGGCGUAAUUUACGAUAAGAAACCAUUCCGAAUGGAACUGCAAGAAGGAAAACGCUACUCGUGGUGUCUAUGCGGGCGCUCCAAAGGUCAACCGCUAUGCGAUGGAACCCAUAAGCUAGUGCAGUAUAAAAUCACACAUCGACCUAUUCGAUUUCAGGUGGAAAAAUCGGGCACAUACUGGCUGUGCAACUGCAAACAUACGAAACAUCGACCGUUCUGUGAUGGCACGCACAAGUGCGAGGAGGUUCAGAAUACGGCCGGCAAGUAA